AUGCAGUCAACACAGGGUAUGUUACGGGAUUACAUCAACUUUGAGGACCAAGCCGCCAAUCUAAGUGCCGCUGAGAAAAUCAACAAGGAGCUUACCUUCUGUGGUGUAGCUGCCGUCAGUCUCCUUUGCAACGAACAGGAGCAAAACGCCUGCGUCAUCGAUAACCUGCGGACCAGCGACAGAUUCAAAUUCAUCCGAGACCUUGACCUCAUCUCCUCGAUAUGGCCACUAACCUCGGUUGCCCAGAAAGUCGAGAUCAAAUCGAUGCCUCCUGUUCUUGCAUGGUCUCCUACAGACCAUCUUCCGCCUGAAGGUGUGGGCUCACGAUUUCACGCAGGCUUUUUGGACAGGAGCCAUGAGUUCGUGGCGCUUGUGCAGGAGCUCACCAAGCGUCACAAGGUGGUUGUUUGUGGCCACAGCUUUGGUGGAGCUUUGGCUAGUACAUCGACCUACCUAACCAUGAUUGAAAUGAUCGGCUUUACUGCUGUGCCGAACGCAUGGGAAGACUCAAAGCUCGGUCUAUCCGUGAUAACCUUUGGGUCGCCGUCUUGCUACGUGGCAGAGCCUCAGGGAACAACAACUUCGCUGCGGAUGGACUUCAGUCGGAACUUCCACCACGUAAUCAACCCUCACGACUACAUCCCAUUCGCCCUGAACGAUGCGACAAGGAGGUUCAAAGAGUUUGAGUCUAUCACGACAAAUAUCCAAAAGGUAUCACCUACAAUUCGUGCGCUGUGGCCGUUAUUCGACUUUUUUCUUGACUAUCUUGCGCAAACUGAGAGCUGCGUAGAGCUAGGAUACCAGGUCACCGAGGAUGAGUACAAGUCCUUUGCCGACAUUAGUGAAGCUUCUAUUGCAAUCCAACAAGGCAUCACAAUUCAUGAUGUGUUCGAAAGGUCAACCGACGUCCAGAUCACCUCCUUGCAAAUGAUGGGCUUGAACGAGGCCAGUCUUCCCGCGACACUUGGAAGUAUUCGUCUGGUUAUGAUUCGAGCAUUUGUUACACAGACCUCCAGGGUUCAAGAUCUCAAGUCCAAAGGUUCCACUUCCGGUGGGGUACAUACUGAUGCAGAAAUUGCUAGACUCGAUGACCGCAUCAAGCCUGUUGUACAACUCAUUGACAGUUUGGUUGCUGAUGCCAGCCCUCACCUUAUGGUAGGGAGGCUUGAGCAUGCAUUCGAGAUACUCGAAGAACUCUGGCCACGGGACUUUGAAGAAGCUUCAAAGGCCCAUCAACAUGUUCCCGGAGGUUUCCCAAAUGCACUCGCCGAGGAAAAGGACACCACGCUUGCAAAUAAACUCAUACCGCGCAAUUGUCCGCAGUCAUUAAGAAAAAUACUGAGCCAGAUGCUACUCGAUCAAAAGACACCGCCUGUAACACUGGCUGCACUUUCGGUAAAGGACUGGGAGGCCACUAAAAGACCGUCUGUAAAAGAUCAGUUUAUCAACGUCCCAAGCUUGGCAAAAAGUCUCCAGAUGUUCAGCCAAAAGCUCUACCGUCGCUCUACGAUUACAGCUGAGCGCACUAAAGAAGCAAUUGAACAGUUCCAAGACGUCAUCGGGACCAUUCAGCUCUGCCAUCUCAUCAUCAUCACCCAGCUUGACGCGCCGUAUGAGUGGUACUGCACAUCGACUGAGGGACAUCGAAAGAAAUCCGCUGCGAUCAGCAUUCUACCGUCAUGUCUUUCUGGAACGAGCGCCUGGUCGAGAGUGUUGGCAUGGCAGUUGGGGUUAGGAGCGGCUACUAUUGUCGGCCUAACAGGUGGUUUCGCAGUCCUAUAUGCAGGCACCACGUUUGUCAACCUCUUUCUGAACAAACACAAAGAGUAUUUGAAUUUGUCAUUUCCUGGGGCUUUGGGUAUUACGCUACAAGCUCUUGGGCUUCCUGUGUCAGACUCAGAACCAAUCAUUGAAAAGACACUCCUUGAUUGUGUCUGUCAAGACAUACCUACCGCUCGUACUACCGAAACAUUAGAGAAGUGGAAGAAUAGACUCACGGAAGGCUUAAAGAGAUAUCCCGGAGCUGAAACCAACCAGUGGUCCAUCACACCCACCUUCUUCUGGCCUCAGUGGCUCUUCAGUAUCGCCAAGACCGCUCAGCUCCGUGUGCACCUCCAUGGGAAGAUAUGCAUCGGUGUACAAGGCUCUACUGAGGGCGGCAAGAGCCAGAUGCUUACGGUUUUGACUGGAGCCGCCGAAGAUUACUUCAAACCUGGCUCGGACAGCCUUUGCCGUACCCUUGGCAUCCAAUCCUAUGACUCUGAUAGGCUCGGUGCUGUAUUCAUCGACUGCCCUGGCUUUGACGACCAAACGCCACAGAUCAAGUACAUGGCUGAAGCGGUUCAGGAAUUAUUUGCUGUGAUUAUUAUUGUGAUUCCUAAGGAGAGGACCAGAUCUGAAGCCAUGGAGAGCGCUCUCAACAUCGCAAUCAAGCUACUGCGGAAUCGCGAGGACUUUCGCCCUAUACGCAUCCUGCUCAGCAAAGCCGACCGACUGGAGCACAACCGCAACAACAAGCAAGUAUUUCGCAACACCUUAGCAGACGUCAAAGAGCAGUUCAUGAACGUGCUGAGGUCCGAGCUAGGAGAUGGAUUCACCACAUUCAGACAACAACCCUUUCACGACGGGGUGAUCACGAAGUCUGAAACCCUGGAGGAUAUUGUCAAACCGUUUUCGACACAUGCGCAGAUGAGUCUGGAGGAUACUAAGCUACUGGCAGAUUUUCCUCCCGGAACGGAAUGCAAGAUUGAAAGAGCCAGUCAUUUUGAGAACCUAUGCGAGCUGGCUGAUAAUGGAGAGCUUUGGGAUGUUCAUUCACUUCGGACAUGGCUUUGGGAUCUCUCACCUAGAAGUGUGCCCUUGCCGAAGGAACGAGUCCGGGACUAUUUUUAG